CCGCCGCCGCCUCUGGAGGAGCCGGUCCCCCGCGGGUCACCACCAUGCCCAGCAAAACCAAGUACAACCUUGUGGACGAUGGGCACGACCUGCGGAUCCCCUUGCACAACGAGGACGCCUUCCAGCACGGCAUCUGCUUCGAGGCCAAGUAUGUCGGAAGCCUGGAUGUGCCGAGGCCCAACAGCAGAGUGGAGAUCGUGGCUGCCAUGCGCCGGAUCCGGUAUGAGUUUAAAGCCAAGAACAUCAAGAAGAAGAAGGUGAGCAUUAUGGUUUCAGUGGAUGGAGUGAAAGUGAUUCUGAAGAAGAAGAAGAAGCUUCUUUUAUUGCAGAAAAAGGAGUGGACAUGGGAUGAGAGCAAGAUGCUGGUGAUGCAGGACCCUAUCUACAGGAUCUUCUACGUCUCUCAUGAUUCCCAAGACCUGAAGAUCUUCAGUUAUAUCGCUCGAGAUGGUGCCAGCAAUACUUUCAGGUGUAACGUCUUUAAAUCCAAGAAGAAGAGCCAAGCUAUGCGAAUCGUGCGGACGGUCGGGCAGGCCUUCGAGGUCUGCCAUAAGCUGAGCCUCCAGCACACGCAGCAGAACGCAGACGGGCAGGAGGAUGGAGAGAGCGAGAAGAACAGCAGCUGCUCGGGGGACCCAGGCCGCCAGCUCCCUGGAGCCGAGAGGGCCUCCACGGCCACCGCGGAGGAGACGGACAUCGAUGCAGUGGAGGUCCCGCUCGCGGGGAAUGAUGUCUUGGAAUUCAGCCGAGGUGUGACAGACCUUGAUGCUGUCAGGAAGGAAGGAGGCUCCCACCCGGACCCCAAGGUCUCUCCCCACCCCCAGGAACCUGUGCUGGCGGCCUCGCCCAGGAUGCUCCUCCCCUCUUGCUCCUCGAAGCCCCCAGGCUGGGGCCCAGGGACGCCGCUGUCCAACCAGCACCAGAUGCAGCUUCUGCAGCAGCUCCUCCAGCAGCAGCAGACGCAGACGCAAGUGGCUGUGGCCCAGGUUCACCUGCUGAAGGACCAGCUGGCUGCUGAAGCGGCCGCGCGGCUGGAGGCUCAGGCCCGCGUGCACCAGCUCCUGCUGCAGAACAAGGACAUGCUCCAGCAUGUGUCUCUGCUGGUCAGGCAGGUGCAGGAGCUGGAGCUGAAGCUGUCAGGACAGAAUGCUAUGGGCUCCCAGGACAGCUUGCUGGAGAUCACCUUCCGCUCCGGAGGUCUGCCCGUGCUCUGCGACCCCACCACCCCGCAGCCGGAGGACCUGCCCUCGCCGCCCCCGGGUGCGGGCCUGGCCGAGCUGGCCCACCCCGCCGGCAGCCCCCUAGGUAGGCGCGACUGCCUGGUGAAGCUGGAGUGCUUCCGCUUCCUGCCGCCGCCCGCGGGCCCGCUGCUGGGCGGCCUGGAGCUCCUCAAGUUCCGCGAGUCGGGCAUCGCCUCGGAGUACGAGUCCAACACGGACGAGAGCGAGGAGCGCGACUCGUGGUCCCAGGAGGAGCUGCCACGCCUGCUGAACGUCCUGCCGAGGCAGGAGCUGGGCGACAGCCUGGACGAUGAGAUCGCCGUGUAG